AUGGUUUCCUUCGAGAUGAACGACCGCAAGAAGAUUGGGCUGGGCUUGACUGGAUUUGGAGUUCUCUUCUCAUUCCUUGGGAUCAUUAUGCUGUUUGACAAGGGAUUCCUGGCAAUGGGGAAUAUUCUCUUCGUUUCUGGCGUCUUACUGACCAUUGGGCUGAAGCCAACUGUGCAAUUCUUCACCAAGCCUAAGAAUCACAAGGGUUCACUCUCUUUCGGGUUUGGUUUUUUCCUGGUCCUCAUUGGAUGGCCUGCCUUAGGCAUGAUGGUGGAGUCGUAUGGCUUCAUCACUCUCUUCAGUGGCUUCUGGCCAACAGCUGCUGUUUACCUGCAAAAGAGCCCCUCCGUCGGUUGGAUAUUCCACCACCCUCUUGUGACUUCGCUGAUCACUCGGUUCAGAGGAAGACGGGUCCCGGUGUGA